AUGGAGCUGGCCGGAGAACCCGACUCGUCCCACAAACGUGGACACAUUGAAGAUCGCGGGACCAGCGGUCACAGCGGCGUUGCUUUGGGAGCGCUGCAUGAACAAAAAGAGGAAGCAUCCCAGUUCCGUGGACCGUGCUUGGAGUGCCGUCCGCGUGCGCAGCGGCAGCCAGGCCGCGAGGCGAAUCCCUGGGAGCGCUUCUCCGCAAAGCUGGAGGAUCCCAAAAUCGCAAGGGCGCUCGCCAAGAUGCUCGCCAGGACGGGAGCGCCGCGGCGAUCCAAGAUGACCGAGAAGCUGAUGGCAGCGAGACGGCCAGAUGACGACGACAACACCCAAGAGGUCGCUCUGCCGACAGACCUCCGGAGCUGUGUUCAGAGUGCGACAGGCUUGGCAAUUUUCCUGUCUCCUGGCUGGCUUUGGAGGUUUGGUGCCCUUUCCACACUUCCUGAAGCAGUCGAGCGUCUCGACCUCACGGCUCAGAGCGGCGGAGCCAUGAUCGCCCUUGCCGCCUUCCAGGAGGCGGGCGCGGCCUUGAAAGCGGUGAAAGCGCUGGACGGCUUCGACUGGAGGUUCCGAAGUGGCACAGAGACCCCCAGAAGCCAGAAGCUCAUAGAAGCUCGCCGAGUCGCGGACACUUUGGUCUUCCGGUGGCUCAUCAUGCACGAGGUGCACGAAUGCUUCAGCGCGAAGAUCGUGCAUGACGAAGAGGCCGCUGGAAGCUCGCAGAAGUCUUGCAAAAGCCUGUCUGGCACGGAGUCCAAGGAUCCUCUCAGGCUCCCAUCGCCUGUUGGCGGAUCCUCGGCUCCGGAGGCUUCGGGCUCCGUCCAGGCUCCCGAAGAUCCCAAAGAGCCAGAAGCAGGAUCACCCUCGCCGCCAGCGAAGCCUCGAAGAACUGCACGCGUCAAGCUGCAGCAGACAGGUCGGAGACUGCGCUGGGAGAAGUCCAGCAGCGAGGCCGAGGCCGAAGACCAGCCGCUGGCCCAGCAUCCUACGGGGGCUGCAGUCGCCGCCGUCGAGGAGGUUGCGCCAGAAAUGCGCGAAGUGAAUCUCUCUGACACGCACUUGGUGGUGACUGGCCUGCCUUGGGACUGGAGUGCCCUGCAGCUGCAAAUGCUCUUCACCCCCUUCGGAGGCCUGGCCCUGGUUCGUCUCGAGGAGCUGGCACAGCACGCGGCGGCGGCCGCGCACUUUCAGCAGCCCCAACCAGACUUGCCAGAACUGCGCUGCCAGCACGUCUUGGGCCCCCGGGAGAAGGAACUCUUAGCAAAGGCUGCCGAGGCAGAGCGGCUGAGGAAGGAAGCAGAAGAGGAGGCUGCUCGCCAGCGCAAGGCGGCUGCUGCAGAAGCUGAGAGGUUGCGCCAGGCGGCCCUGUUUGCAAGCCGGCGUGUAAUUUGGGAAGCGGCAAAUGCGGACUUCGCAGCCGCUGUGUUGGCAGAGGCGCAGCCAGCAGAUGCAGAGCGCUGCAAGCGGCUCCAGGCCGCAGCAGAGUCUCUGAGAGAUGCAUCGCUCAGCAAGCAGCGCAGACGAAUGUUCGUUGCACUGGUGGAGGCUGAGCGAAAAAGGCAAGCCACCAUGGCAACGGAAUUGGAGCAUGAGGCCAUGUGCACUUCGGAUGCGGAGUCCAAGGCUUGGCAGCAGUACCUGCUGCAUGCCGAGCACCAGUAUUUGGAGAUGCUGCGGCAGGCAGAAGCUGCAGAGACUCUCGCGAUGUCCAAAGCUGAUCGCGAGAGUCGACGUGCUGAGCAGGCACGGAUUGAUCAGGAACGUCGGCGACGACGAAGAGAACGCGAGUCACAAGCAGCCGAGGGGCGUGCGAUGAAGAAGGCAGACGACGAGAGCCGUCGGGUCGAAGCAGCUACGUUUCUCGCGGAGGAAGAGGCUCGUGAAGAGUUCGAGGCGGAGCUCAUGGAACGGGCGGAGGAUGAGGUUCGGGAGUUCCUCCAAGAGGAGGCAUGCAGACAAGCAGACGAGCGGCGCAGAAUGGCUGCUGAUGAGGCGGAGUUCUUCCGGAGACAGGAGGAGGAGCGGCGGCGACAAGCUGAAGAAGAGAGAAAGCAGAAGCUUGUUCUGGAGUGGAGGAGGAAGAAGGCAGCAAGGAGGGCUCUGGAGUCGGAUGACGAAGAUGAGGCACAGGAGCCGGAGGAAGAGGAGGAUCAAGAGGCGAAGGAGGAGACUUCGGGGAGCCCUACCCGGCCUCAGAAGGCCAUCGUGCGGAAUCCAUUCGGACCCGUCAAUGUCUUCCUCCCACAGCAAGCGCCGGCCCACGAAGAAAAAGCGAAGAAAGCAAGGGAGGAGGAAGCCAAGCGUGCUCGCGAAGAAGAGCGACGCAGGCUGAAGGAUGACGCCGCCAAGAAGCGAAAGCGUGAAACGGAGGAAGCAGCAGCAGAGCUGCAACGGUUUGAACAGGAGUUGCAGCGACGAAGCAACUUCCUCCUACGACGACGGCAGCAGGAAGAGGAGGACCUGCGAAAAGAGGAGGAGGCUCAGCAGCGAGCUGAGAGAGAUGAGCAGGAACGCAAGCAGCGCGAGUUCGAAGCAUCCUGCAUGGCUCGAGAGGAGAAGCUCCGCAUGCCUUUUGAGCUCGAGGAUCGGCGUCGAGAGUCUGAGCGGCGAAAGCGGGAUGAAGCAGAACGCAGAAAGCAGGAACGUGCUGAGAAGAAGAGAAAGGAGCAGGAGGAGAAGCUUCGCGACGAGCGCAGAGCGGAAGCUCGGACUUUCCAUCCUCAGCAGGCUGCCAGGCUGCUGCAAGCCAAGGAGCAGGAAAUCGCGCGAAUGCAAGCUGAACUUCUGAAGCGAAGGCAAGAGGAGGCUCAGAAGAAGUGUCAGCAGAAGCAAGAAGAAGAGAAGCGUGGGCGAGGUGAGAGCUCUUCCUCACCGUCAGCUCAGCAAAGCAGGUCUAGAAGCAGCAGUUCGAGCGCUCGGAAGGAGCGAAAAAAUCGCCGUGGGCUCCGUCGGCAUCGAGGCAGUCGAAGCCGAUCUGUGCCGCCAAAGCGCGACAA